UUACUUCCGCCUGACUCGAUCACAUGACCCGAGGCGCCCAUGUAUCGCUAGUUUGUUAGCAGCUAGCUGCGUUAGCAUCGAGCCUUUUUCUGGGAGGGGGGUCACCAGAAAACGGUGUGACCUGACGUUAUCUGUCAAACACGGGCUUUAAUAUUGGUGUUACGUGUUCUCCGUAGCUGUCUGGCCAUAACUGUAAGCUGGUUAAACGUCAACGUCACCCUACGUCACGCGGCUGUGCAUAGCGACACGAAACAUAAGAGCAUGUGACCAAGGACCAGGGUCUACAGCACAUGAUCUGGACGAGUGAAAGAGGACAAAAUCUUAUCAGGGGUAAAUAUCUUAAAGCGGUCGAUCGGGAUUGAGUAGCCAUGACGACAAAGACGUCCCUACUGAAGAUCAUCCUGCUGGGAGACGGCGGCGUGGGAAAGAGCUCCAUCAUGAAUCGUUACGUCACCAACAAGUUUGAUGCACACCUUUUCCACACUAUUGGCGUGGAGUUCCUCAACAAGGAACUGGAGGUCGACGGCCACCAGGUGACCCUACAGAUCUGGGACACGGCCGGCCAAGAGCGCUUCCGCAGCUUGAGGACUCCUUUCUAUCGGGGCUCUGACUGCUGCCUGCUCACCUUCAGCGUGGAUGACAGCCAGAGUUUUCUCAAUCUAGGCAACUGGAGGAAGGAGUUCAUCUACUACGCCGACGUCAAGGAGCCAGAGAAGUUUCCAUUCGUGGUCUUGGGCAACAAACUGGAUGUGACGGAGAGGCAGGUGUCAUCUGAGGAGGCUAAGCAGUGGUGCCAGGAGAAUGGGGAUUUCCCCUAUUAUGAGACCAGUGCCAAGGAUGCCACCAACGUGGCGGUGGCGUUUGAGGAGGCAGUGCGUAGAGUGUUGGCAUUGGAUGAAAGAACGGACCAUCUCAUCCCCACAGACACAGUGAAGCUCCAGAGAAAGCCUCGCUCCGCUGCCACUUGUUGUUCAUAGCAUCCAGGAGCUAUCAUUAACAUUACAUUGCUGUUCUGCCAGUUAUGUCGAUGAGGCUGUAGGUUAACAAUGCUGUAGUGACAACUUAUUUAAACCAAUUAUACCACUAGCUUUAUGAUUUGUUGUACUGGUGAAGUUUGAUUGUGCUAAUAGUUGCACUUCUGUUCGAAGAGAGGAGGGGAAACAUCAAAUGCAUCUCCAAUUAAAAAUAAUUUUGAAAUCACUGAAGCAUUCACAUAGCUCUGCCAAAUUCAAAGGGCAGGAUUUGUCACAGGAAGUCACAGAAAAAUGAACUACAUUCUGUGUUGUCAAGUUUACCUCUGGGGAACUAAAAGUACAUCCUGAUAGACCAGUGGAAACCGCUUUGAAAAGUUUAACUUCCCUCUCCAUUCCGUUAUUGAAGGCAAAUGAUGUGACAUAAAUGCUAUACUACCUUACUACCGUGGGAAUUUCUGGGAAUUGUGAAGUCACUACUAUGUAUAACUAACAAAUUGAAGUUUAUUGUGAUGAAUGCACCUUCUGCUUAGUGACUAGAUUAUGGCUGUGGGACAAGAUCCCCUACAUUAAGAUAAAUAUUGCUGCAAAGUUAACAUGCAUGGCCUAGGGUGUGAUUACGUUUCUGGAAACAGUUGAAUUUUUGUAAACCAUUUAUACCUUGAUCAAUAAUGCCUUGAGGAAAGUGUAAUGAAAGAGGUGUCCUGAUGGAGUAAGCUGUUGGGUUUAUUGUUUUAAAUGAUUUUCUCUUGAAAGCACUCAUAACAUUUUUUUAACAGUUUGAGGGCUUUUCCGCAGCUUAAUAUUUAAAAAUGAACAAUUCAUUUACCUCAACUAUUUGUCAUUUAUAUCUGAUUUACAUUGAAAGUUGUACUACUGGUAUGCCAAAUGACAAAUAAACUCCAAGAAAAAUGUC